AUGAGCUUCCUCGGCGCCCGCGGCGGCUCCCUCGUGGCGGCGGGGCCGCACGGCGGUUUCGCGGCGGGCUCCCGCGGGGCCUUCGUCGGCGGCGGCGCCGGGGGCGGCGGGCCGCUCGUGGUCAGCGGGGUCCACCCCGGGAUGGGCUACGCCGGAGGUGGCGGUGCCCACGCUGGCGGCUGUGAGGCGGGCUGCGGAGGCGUAGGCUGCGGCAACAGCUGCGGCGCGGACGGGUGCGGAGUGGGUGUGGCGCCGGCGUGCGGUGACGCGUGCUGCGGGGUCGCGGGCGCCAGCUGCGGGGGCAUCGCCGGGACGACGAUGGCGUACGUGGGCGUAGGCGGCGACUACAUUGCCACGACCACGUACCAGUACGUGGGCAACGGCGUGGGCACCUUCGCCGCGGUGCCGAUCCCCGCGGCUGGGUGCAGUGCCUGGUGGUUGUGCUGCCUCUGGUGGCUGGCGCUGCUCCCCCUCCUCUUCCUCGCGGGGACCACCACGACCACGACGACGACCCCCUUCAUCGUCAGCACCCCGCCUCCGGAGACCCCGCCGCCCAUCGUGACCCCGACGCCGGCGCCCCCAGACGUCGGGCCCGCGAAGCACUGCAAGAUCUUCGGCGACCCGCACGUGAUCACGUUCGAUGGGCAAUCAGCGAGCUUCUACUCCCAGGGCGAGUACUGGACCGUCAAGAGCACCACGGUCUGGAUCCAGGGCCGCUACAUGCCGACUCCAGUGACCAACGGCCUCUCCGUCAUGAAGGAGGUCGCGAUCGGCGGCCCCUUCCUGGAGGGCAAGGACGGCAAGAAGAACGUCCUCCGCAUCUCCUCCCUCAGGGCGACCUUCAACGACGUCCCCAUCAUCCCCAGCUUCCCGGACGCCUGGGAAAACCAGGACCCCAUGAUCAAGGUGGUCACCGACGGCAACGGGCAGGUGAUGCAGUCGAGCCGCUACGGCAAGGAGCUGCACGUUGUGCACGUGGACCUGCCGCUGGGCGUCCACCUGGAGAUCAACCGCUGGAACGAGCCGGGCGAGGGUGACUACAUCAACACGAUGAUCACCAUGAGCGCGCAGCCAAACCAGGACGGCCACUGUGGAAACUUCAACGGUGUGCUUGAGGACGACACCCGGCCGCAGAUCCGCGCCCGCAUUGGCACCACGGGCGUCCCGGCAGAGGACCUGCUCUUCCACACCAAGACCCCCGUGACGGCCGCGAACCGGCCGGACCUCAACAAUUGCGCCACCGACAAGGCCGAGAACGCCAGGCAGAUCUGCACGGGGAAGUCCAAGACUGGCAUGCCCAACCACGACUGCAUGGUGGACGUGUGCUUCGGCGGGGCGCACUUCGCGGACAUGACCGACUACGACUAG